CUCUCUGGGUUACUUGCAUCACGUGAUCAAAAUGGCCGCUUACUUUCUCUAGGAAUGUUAGCACAUAAGCUAAAACUGGUCGCCGGUUCUUUACUGGCUGGAACUGUGGGGUAUGCCGGGUGGACAUUAGUUUCCAAUGAGGGAGGAGGAGAGAGUGAAGCAUUUGAGGGUCGAAAGGUGUCAGAAGGAAAAAGGACUCACAAAGACCUGAUAAUACCCACCCGGGCUGAACAGUUGAAUAGCUUGCAAGGAGGAGAGCAGUAUGAUAUAUUAGUGAUAGGAGGUGGUGUAACUGGUGCUGGUGUAGCCCUUGAUGCUGUUACUAGAGGUUUAAAUGUUGCUUUGGUUGAGAAGGACGACUUUUCUUCAGGGACUAGCAGUCGCAGUACUAAACUCAUCCAUGGUGGUGUCAGAUACCUACAGAAGGCAAUAAUGGGAUUUGACUUGGAGCAAUACAGAUUAGUCAGAGAAGCUUUACACGAAAGGGCUAACCUCCUAGAGAUAGCCCCCCACCUCUCUCGCCCUCUACCAAUCAUGCUUCCUAUAUACAGCUGGUGGCAGGUUCCUUAUUUCUGGUGUGGUAUCAAGCUUUAUGAUUUUGUUUCUGGAAAGAAACUGGUCAAAUCUUCAUUUUAUGUAUCCAAAGCUAAGGCAAUGGAGGAGUUCCCUAUGCUACAGAAGAAUCGGUUGUGUGGGGCGCUCGUCUAUUAUGAUGGUCAGCACAAUGAUGCUAGAAUGAAUCUUGCAAUAGCACUAACAGCUGCUAGAGAAGGAGCCAAAAUAGCCAACCAUGUAGAGGUCUUGUCCCUCAUUAAAGAGAAGGAUCUGGUGAAAGGAGCUCACGUGAGGGACACACUCACUGGAAAGGAAUGGAACAUAUUUGCUAAAGUUGUAAUCAAUGCAACUGGUCCGUUUACCGACCGGAUUCGUCACAUGGAUAAUCCAGAGGUUCCUAACAUAUGUCAGCCGAGUGCUGGCGUCCAUAUAGUGGUACCUGAUUACUAUAGUCCCCGUACAAUGGGCCUACUGGACCCUUCCACCAGUGAUGGGCGAGUCAUCUUCUUCCUACCUUGGGAAGGUAAGACUAUAGCUGGUACUACUGACUCCCCAACUGAUGUCACUCAUAGCCCACAACCAACCGAAGAAGACAUACGCUUCAUUUUAAAAGAAAUUAAAGAUUAUCUUAGUCCUGAUCUAUCUGUUCGUAGAGGUGAUGUCCUUGCUGCCUGGAGCGGUAUCCGGCCUCUUGUCAGUGAUCCUAACUCAAAGAACACUCAGUCAAUAUCACGCAAUCAUGUCAUUGAAGUCAGUAACAGCAAGAUGGUCACAAUAGCAGGAGGUAAGUGGACUACCUAUAGAGCUAUGGCGAGGGACACAGUUGAUAAAGCAGUUUCUGUUGGUGGGUUGAAUGACCCCAGAGGGUGUCAGACAGAUGGGUUUAUACUGGAGGGAGGGGAAGCGUGGCAACCAACCUCAUUCAUUCGUCUUGUCCAAGACUAUGGGAUUGAAGUGGAGGUAGCUCAAUAUUUGAGUAAAACAUAUGGUGACAAAGCCCCACGUGUUGCAGAAAUGGCACAGUUUACAGGUAGACGCUGGCCUGUGAAAGGAAAGAGGAUUGUGGAAGAGUUCCCAUACAUUGAAGCUAAUGUUCUCUACGCUAUCAAAGAGUAUGCCUGUACUGCCAUUGAUGUCAUAGCUAGAAGGACUAGUCUAGCCUUCCUUGAUGUGCAGGCUGCAGAGGAGGCACUGCCUCGUGUUGUGGAGAUAAUGGGAAAGGAGCUAGGCUGGAGCAAGGACGAGAAAAAGAAACAAAUAUCAGAAGCGAGACACUUCCUUGAAACAAUGGGUCUUCAGAUUCAUCACGAGGUUCGUAACGUUGAAAUAAAGCUCUCCUAUCAAGAAGCCAAACGCUACACGCAAAUAUUCAAGAGCCUUGACAAAGACAAUGAUGGUCACAUAUCAAUAUAUGACCUGAAACGAGCUCUGAAAGAUAUGGGAGAGACUGUAUCAGAUCGGGAACUAAGGGACCUCAUUGCUGAGGUAGACAUCAACAAGAAUGCAACUAUUGAAGAAGAAGAGUUUUUACAGCUAAUGAGUGCUAUCAGAACUGGUGAAGUUGCUAAUAGUCGUAUGGCUGAGAUUGUUAGGAGGCAGCAACAAGAAAUGGGUCUACCCGUUCGGAGAAGUGGCGGAGGAGUAUGAAAAA